AUGAAGUAUAAUUCUGUAGAAAAAGAGAACUAGCACAGAAAAAAGAAGAAGAUUCUUGCCAUUAAAGAUGUCAGAGUUGACAGAUACUCGCCCAAUCUCUUUAUUGAAAGGAAAUCAUUGCUAGAUUAGUAUCUAACAGAUUCAUCAAUCUCACAAUCACCAUUCAAAGGAAUUUUAAGAGCAAUAAUGAUCCUGACUGGAAUUUACCUUAGAAUUAUCAAGGAUGAUGUUUUGUUGGCUCUACAAAGGCUACAUCCAGCUAGAGGUCAAAUCGAAAUAGGUCUUGAAUUCUGGGCUCUAGUUCAUUUCUGGACAUACUUCUUUGAUAAAAUGAACACUUAUUUUAGCAAUUUUUAUCUCUCUACAAGAAUGUAUAUGUAUUUCUAGAUUUGCAUUCACUAUUUCAAGAUGAAUUCUUACUAUAAAAUGAAUAGAGAUUACAGAGAACAAUACCUUAAAGAUAUGAAUAAAGGCUCUGAAGAAGGAACUGCAUUAAAGUACCCGAACAAUAUAAACUUCAGAGAUUUCUUUUUAUACUUACUUCAUCCAACAUUCUCCUAUCAAGAUGAGUAUCCAAUUAAGCAUGAAUUCAAUCUUAAGAUGUUUAUUUUCAGAUUGGUGGUACUUUUAUUUGGAAUCUAUGUAAUGUGGCAAGUGUAUGAAGAUCAGCUCAUACCCUUACUUUAAUUAUUUUAUGAUGGAAUAUCUGUUUAUGAGAUAUUUCCAUGCUUUUACUUACCUACUCUAGUUAUUUACUUUGUAGGCUUCUUUGUGAUAUUUGAAUUUGCUUGCAACUGCUAUGCUGAUAUUUCUGGAUUUGCAGACAGAUAAUUCUACUAGGACUAUUGGAACUGUACUAACUUUGAUCAGUAUGCCAGAAAGUGGAAUAAAUUAGUUCAUGAAUUUCUUUACAGACAUUUCUACUUGGAAUAUCUGAUUAGAUGGAAGUUAACACCCUUUUAAGCAAACCUAUGGACAUUCGUAUUUAGUGUUAUUUUCCAUGAGGUUUUCUUAACUUUAAUUUUCAAGAGAGUCUCCUUUUAUUUGACAAGUCUCCAAUUAAAUCAACUGCUUAUGCUCUUUGCAUUUACUUUUCUUAGAGGAUCAAUGUUCGCCAACAUGCUAUUCUGGUUCGGCUAAUUCUUCGCAAUUACCGGCGUCUGCUUCAAUUACUCAUACGAUUACAUGAACUUUGAGUAUGCUCCAAAAGGUGAAUAUGAGUUUUGA